CCUUGAUUUAAAUUUGUUGCCAUUCUUGUCGCAGAACAGCAUCAUUAUCAGUGUCAAAAAAACCCUCUCAUGAACUUCAAACGUUUUUGUUACUCACUUGGUUAUACUGAAAUCCCUUUGAAUGAGACUUAAAUCUCUUUUUCUUUUCCCCAGUUUGAGAUCCCUUUCCUGGGGUGUUUAUAAGGAAAUCUGGAAACCUAAGAAGAGCAGCCAAGGAUAACAACAGUGAAUGUGGAGAUGGAGGAAGCAUGUGAACACAAGAGCAGCUUUCCUUUGAAAGGGCAUGUGUGAGAUAAAGGCAAAUCCAAAUUAAUGCAGUAUUCCUGCCAGAAAAGCAGCAGUUACUCCUGCAUUUCAUUUCCCUGGUUUAUUUAAAAGUACUCCUGGAAGCACUGCUGUUGAUGAAUGCUUUCUUUGAUUCCAUUUCUUAUUCCCUUGUGCUGCUUUAUCCCCAAGAGGAGAAACUUUGGGCCUGGAACUCCUCUAACCCACUGUGGCUAUAAAUAAUUCCAGAUACCCCUUGAUUUGCUCCAGAAACGAAGCCUGGUUGUGCUCUGAGUGAAAAACCUUGGCGUGGUUGAUGUUUUCACCCUUCAGCUCUGCACUCACUGUGCUAAGGGCUGUUUAUUUUCGGGACAUGGCACCGAGCGGAGCUGUUCUGCCAGAGGCACCUCGUGCUCCUCAGCAUCCCUGAGCUGGAAGGGCGGGGAUGCGGUCACGGCCCUCACGUCCAGUGCCACGAUCAGGGCAGAGCCGGGAUUUUGUUUCUAAGCUCAGUCCGAGCUCUGAACGUGCAGCAGGGCCGAGGCUCCAGAGCUGGCCCAGCUCAGCCAUGGCCUUUGCUGUCGGCAUUGAGAGAACUCGGGGCGAUGGCUCGGGGCCGAGAGGAGCCCAGGUGAGGGAUGAGCUGAGGGAUGAGCUGAGGGAUGAGGUGCCGCCCGCAGGCGAAGCCUCAGGCGAGGCCCCGGAAGGCGCCACCGGAAGUCGCCUCAUGCCCCGGGCCCGCCCAGGUGAGGGAACGGCGGGCGAGUACCUGAGCGGCUGAGGCGGCGCGGGGGGCACCGGGGAGGCCCCCGACCCUGCUCAGGGGCGCUGUGCGGUCGGUAUCCGCCCGUUCCUGCCCGUUCCUGCCCGUUCAUCCCCGGCCCUCGGCGGCCCCGGGAAUGCGCACACCCGGUUGCCGAGACAACAGCCGCCUCAGCUCUCGUCCAAUCAGCGUGCCUGUUACUUUGGGCAGGCGCCCAAUCACAGGCGAGCUCUCGGCGUCACCGCGGCUGGUUUAAGGUGGCUCCGGCUGCUGUUCGCGCCACCGGGAGCCGCGCACACGGGGAGGGCGGGAGGAACGGGUCCCACCGGGGCAAAGCGGGGGAAGGCGCGGGGCUGCGGCUGUCGCUGCAGCUCUGCGCCGAGGAGCGCCCCGGGCGGGGCGCGCGGGACCGCCUCAUCCCGCCCCAACCGAGCGGCGGAACGCGGCUUCUUCCGCCCGGCCCCUCAGAGCCCUGCGCCCAUAGGCUGGACCAGACCCCACCUCCGCGCGGCAGCCAAUCCUCGCCCGCAUAUUGGGGCCGGGUCUUUGAUUGACAACCCUGGAGACCAAUCGGAUGCGCAGGGCAGGAAGCGGCCGCGGCGCUCGACCGGGAGCCGGAGUUGGAGGCCGGGCCGGGGUCGGCGGCGGGGCCGAUUCAUCUUGAAGGAACAGAACCCUGCUGCUUCACUGGCUGGCUGUGGCUCAUCGUCCCCCCUCCGUGCCUGUACCGGGGGAAGGGAAGCAGCAGGACUCGUUUGUGCUUCCCUGAACUUGCCCGGCGGGACAGGAUGGAUGGCAGGGAGCGGUACCAAACGCUGGUUCCAGCAGGGUCCGUGUCUCUUCUUUAAAGAGAACUUCCAGCGUCAAGAAAGCUGAAAAGCAAAGAAAAAAACCCAGAAUGGAAGGAGGAAACGGCCCCAGCCUGCAGCUGCAGCAGCUCCCGUUGGCCACAGCAGCAGUUUCUGUGCAGCCACACACAGACUCCUUCUCCUACAAGGAGAACCUGAUUGGGGCACUUCUGGCUAUUUUUGGGCACCUUGUCAGCAGCAUUGCCCUCAACCUCCAGAAAUACAGCCACAUCAGGCUGGCAGGCUCCAAAGACCCCCGGGCCUACUUCAGAACCAAGACCUGGUGGAGCGGGUUCGUGCUGCUGCUGCUGGGGGAGCUGGCAGUGUUCUCCUCCUACGCCUUCGCUCCUCUCUCCCUGAUUGUGCCCCUCAGUGCAGUGUCUGUUGUGGCUAGUGCAAUCAUAGGAAUUAUAUUUAUUAAAGAAAAAUGGAAGCCCAAGGAAUUUUUGAGGCGCUACGUGCUGUCCUUCGUAGGCUGUGGCCUGGCAGUUGUUGGCACUUACCUGCUGGUGACAUUUGGACCCAACAGCCACGAGAAGAUGACAGCAGAAAACAUCACCAGGCAUUUAGUGAGCUGGCCAUUCCUGCUCUACAUGCUGGUGGAGAUCAUUGUUUUCUGUCUGCUCCUGUAUUUUUACAAGGAGAGGAAUGCAAACUACAUUGUCAUUAUUCUGCUGCUGGUGGCUUUGCUGGGUUCCAUGACCGUGGUGACAGUGAAGGCUGUGGCUGGGAUGAUCCUGGUGUCCAUCCAGGGCACCCUGCAGCUGGACUCCCCCAUCUUCUACAUCAUGUUGGUGUGCAUGACUGCCACAGCCAUCUACCAGGCCACGUUUUUAGCUCAAGCCUCCCAGCUCUAUGACUCAGCUCAGAUCUCCAGCAUUGGCUACAUCCUAUCCACCACAGCAGCAAUCUCAGCAGGAGCAACUUUUUACCUGGACUUCAUGGGUGAAGAUGUUCUCCACAUUUGCAUGUUUGCUCUGGGGUGCCUCAUAGCAUUCCUGGGAGUCUUCCUGAUCACCAGGAACAGGAAGAAGCCUGUCCCCUUUGAGCCCUACAUCUCAAUGGAUGCCAUGCCAGGCAUGCAGAACAUGCACGACAAAGGGAUCGCAGUGCAGCCUGACCUCAAAGCCUCCUUCUCCUACGGCGCCCUGGAGAACAACGACAGCAUGCCAGAAAUCUACACUCCAGCCACGCUGCCCAUCGUGCAGGAGCAGCACGGGCCCAAGGGAGCCUCUGCCCCUCCCUACAGGGUGCUGGAGCACAGCAAGAAGGAGUGAGUGACCUUCAAGGACCCAUGGGAGUCGUCAGGAGGUGGACCUUUAUUUAUUUACCUGUUCAAAUAGAAGCAAGCGUAAAGCCGACCUUGAGAAGAGUUUCAAGCUCGUCUCGAGCUGAACUUGCCAGGCUGAUUAUUAAAAUAAACAACUUUUUCUAGUUGGGAAGUUGAAAGCACUUGGCAGGAAGCAGAUGCCAGUUCUGCGUGGAAUUCUGCUGGCUGGGAGUGUGGAGUGAUGGACUGGUGAGCGCAGCACUGUGGAACUGAUGAGACAGGAGAUGCUGUGGAAGUGACUGUGCAGUUUUCAGCCCUGCUGGGAGUGGUUUUAUCUCCAGACAAGUUUUCAGGAGCUGCUCACAGACAGAGGAGGACAGGAUUUAAUCUUGCAUUUACAGGGACUGUGACAGAUUUCCAGGGAGGCUCUAAAUCCUGGUGUGACCAUGGAGCAACCCUGACACGGCAAUAAAUGGAAUUGUUUUGAAGCACCAACACUGGAACUCGCUGUGUCUUUAGAGCAGCAGAACUGGUGAGAGUGAACUCUUGAUCCCUUCAAACCACCACCUCUGGGCACUUCUGUUCUGGUGUUGAACACAAGCACUGAGGACGGGGGUUGUUUUUAGAGCACCACUGGAUUAUAUGGCUUAGAACAAAGAUUAUUUGCCAGUUUUCUGAUUUCAUAGCAGGAGCUUCAAGUUGGAUUAAAAGGUGCAGAGGCAGCACUAUAAAGGAGGAGGACAAGGAGAAACAAGACUGAUGUCCUGUAGUGGGGAAUUUCUGUAAUUUUGGACAAAAUCUGAAUUCUUUAUUGUGUUUAUUUAUUUUCUUUCUGAUUGAGGCAGCAUUUCCAACUUUGGUGGUCCCAACUACUGAAAGGAGUUGAAGUUCCUUAGUUCAAAAGCUCAGUUUAGGUGAUGUAAGCUGGGUCCUCCCCCUUUUUCUUUCUUUUAAAAAAAGGAAAAACAAUACUGGUCUACUAUUGUGGAUGACCUAAGGGGAGAAGUUGCUCAGCACUCACUGAGGCCUGUGAGGAUAAUGGAGCUUUGUGUACUUUGAUAUUUAUCUUUCCAGCUCCCAGGAGAUGGCCAGGAGCUGAUACUGGGGGAGAAUGUCAAGUGAGGAGGAGAAAGUGCAACAUUCACUGGUUAUCCUGGCACUUUGAUAGUACUGGCUGCUCUAAAAUUGUUUUUUUCCUGGGAAACUGAAUUUUAAGUCCACUCAAUGUGGUUUGUCUGCCCAGUAGAGUCUCCAGGACCCUGGAACUUUAUUUAAAAGGAAUAGUGCUCAUGUUCUGUGUAUUUUUAAGUGAUUCCCCCAGUACCAGGGAGUUUGGGAUUAUCUUAGAUUUGGAAUAGUGUCUUUCUGCAUUUAUUUAUUUUGAUUUUGAUUUUGAUUUGUUAAAUUGACUCAUGGCCAGUUUCUGUUCCCACUACCAGAAACUCCCAACAGCUCUCCUGACCUGUACAUGAUUAUUCUAGGUUCUUGUUGUUGUAAAUGACAACAGAACCGUUCCUUUGCAUUUGUUUGCUUUGCCUGCUCUGCAGAUUGAUUCAAUCUGGGCAUGCUUUGGAUUGCUUUGGCAUUUUUGUGCAGCUUAGAGAAAUAACCUUCCCCCUGCGCAGGGGGGUGCCCUGGGGCUGUACCCAGCUUUCUGCACCAGCUGGGCACAAUUCAGAUCUUAUCAGUGCCAUCCCCUGCGCUGGAACUUGGGAAACCUCAAGAAAUAACAGCUUUCCUUUCACCCUCAGUACUUUAUUUGUGAUUAAGCAAGAUAAGGAUGUUCACGGCUCCUGCUGCCAGAGCAUUCAUCUUGCUGGGGUGCAGUGACACUGAGUUACUGCCUUUGGAUGAGGCCAUGAUUGCUGGGGAAUUUAAAGGCAGCUUUUGUUCAUUAACAAUGCAGAAUGAGGCGCUGCAGGGAGGCUGAUUGGGAAGGGCACAGGAAUGCUGCCUUUCCUUAUCUCUUGCCAUUUCAUCGACCUGUUCUGACCUAUUGGUUCUGCAGCCACAGAACAGAGUCUGAAAACAAGCUGUGCUGCAGCACACACCUGCUCCAUGGCAAUAUUCUCUGUGCUUAAUUAGGUGGGAUGAAAUAAUUCAUCACAAGGGCCUAAAUGGCUGCUGACAGCCAGACCAGGAAGGUCCUGGGUGUGCCAGGGCACUGGUCCCAGUUCUCAGCAGGGUUUAAUCCCAGCAGGUGACUGGAGCACAGACUGGGCAGCCGUGGAUGCUGGUUUGGGUUUUCCUCCUCAGCACAGGCCUGAGAGAUGGACCCAGAGCCAGGGGACAGAGUGCUCCAAGGUGGCUGUGCUGCUCUCUGGCCUGUUUAAGGAUGGUUUUGCUGUAAAACUCCCCAGUUUUCCUGAGCCCAGUUCCUGCCCUCGCUCCCUGCACAGAGCCCUCAGGUGUCAGCCCUUCUGAGUGAAGCUGCCCCCAGCCACGAGCUGAGCUUUUGUGCCAUUGUGUGGCUUUGGCCCUUUCUUUGCAAAGAUUCUAAAGGCCAGUCUUGCUCCAAAGCUUUACAUAACCAUGGUUUAUUUACACAGUCUCUGUGUGCUCAAAUAAUUCUACUUAAUAAUGACAGUUCCCUUUACCUGCAGCCACAGGGAAAUCUUCCUUUGUUUGCUUCUGGAAACUUCCCUGCCAAAGGCCUCCACUGGAGGUGGUGUCUGUUUCUACAGCACAUAAAUCACAAUAUUUCUGAUCAUUGUGCCACAGCAGGGGAGCCUGGGGUGCUCCUUGCUCCAUGACUGGUGUAGGGGUAGGGCUGAGGGACUGCACCUCACUCCUGUUUGCUGCUGCUGUUCAACACUGGAAUCUUAAAAUGGGGUUGAUUUUGUUUGGUUGGGUUGUUUUUUUUUCUUAUUUUAUGCACAUUCCUCUUUCUUGCUUUGUCUCCCAAUCUUCCAAAAACUGUUAUUUUCUGCUCUUCAGCCUAAGAAAAGGCAUGAGCAGGGCCCAGAGAAACCAAGUGUCUUGUUUAAACUUGACUGAAGGACUUCUGUGCUCUUUCAGGAGUGAAUUAAACUCCUCACCUCUCUUCUGGUCCAGAGAAGCUGAAACUGGAAGGGUUUUGCUCCCUCACACUGGGCUUUUCAGAGUAUUUGUUAGUCUGAGGUGACAGUGGCCAUGCCUGGGAUUGCAGCAAAUAUUUACAGCUGAGCAGCACAGGAAGCUUUAAAGGAGAGGAGCCCUGUGCCACAUUCCAGGGUGAGAAAUUAAGUGCAGUACAGCACACUCUGAUCUGUGGAUGUCAGCACUGCAGGGUUCAUGCAGGACCUGCCUGUGGCACAGACCCCAGAUCCCAAACGGAAGGGAUUUCUCAGCUCCAGGAGCUGCUGCAGCACUUUGCUGAAGGAGCAGCUCCUUGGGCUCAUCCCUGCCUUCCUUUCCCAGCGUGAACUGACAUCUCUGGCCUCCACCCUGUGUGGCUUCUCAAUGCACAGAGCCCUGAAAGCAUCCUCAGUGUGUAUUUGAUGUGUAACUCCGUGGAGCACAGCUGAAUGUAUCGAAUGAUCUGCCUACAACGUUCCCCUGUUCACCUUAAAUUGUGUAAAUAAAUCAAGCUUUACACUCUUGCACUACAAAGGACAACUGCUUCAUUUUUCACAGGCAACGUUGCAUGUCUGUUUAAUUCUGUUUGUCUUUCAGGUGAGACAAAUGAAACCAAACUUUGAAUAAAAGAUUGUGGUAAAACCUA